AUGUUAGUCCUCCCAUACGACUCGCAUAUACCACUCUCGCCCUUGCAGCGUGCAGCAGUGGCUGUGGGGGCGUCAAUAGGAGCUCUGGCCAUCCCUGCGCGGGCGGAUCUGAAACCCAAAUACAAAUUCCCGCCCGCCUUCACCGCCCCAUCCCCUGUUCCUGUUCCACCCUCCAGGCCCCCUAUACAACUCGCACGUCCCCCUCUCCUCCUUCCACCGCGCAGCAGUGGCUGUGGGAGCGUCAGUGGGAGCUCUCGCCAACCGUGUCCGGGCCUUCAUACAACCCCUUGCUCCCUCUCCUGUCCCUGCCCACACCGUUCCCCGGCUUCCCUCCAUCCCCCCCAUACGACUCGCAUAUACCUCUUUCGCCGCUCCAACGAGCAGCAGUGGCUGUGGGAGCGUCAGUGGGAGCUCUGGCCAUCCCUGCCCGUGCCUUUACAUACUCUCUUCUCUCUCGCCCUGCCCGUGCCUUUACAUACUCUCUUCUCUCUCGCCCUGCCCGUGCCUUUACAUACUCUCUUCUCUCUCGCCCUGCCCCUCUCCCUGCCCCUCUCCCUCCCAGCCCCCCUAUACGACUCGCACAUACCCUUGUCCCCUCUCCAAAGAGCAGCAGUCGCCAUAGGGGCGUCAGUGGGAGCGCUGGCCAACCCUGCCCGGGCGGAUCUGGUGGCGGCUGUGGGGGAGACGACUGGGGGGAUGGCGCUGGGACGAAUUAGGGAGCGAAUGAGAACGACAGAGGAGGGCAGGGCCAUACUGGAGGAGAAACCCCGGGUGACAGACACCACACUGCAGGCAGCAGAGCAGUGCGGCAGAGGCACCUUCGGAGCAGCAUACGCUCACUUCAUGCGCUCUCGUCGUUUUGAGCCCCACGAACGUCCCCCUGUGCGCUUCAUUGACGACCCUGAGCUGGCCUACGUGGCCACACGCACACAGGCGGCCUCUCUCGUGGUUUGCCGCUUCGAGCGCCACGAACUGCCGCCGGUGUGCUUCAUCGACGACCGUGAGCUGGCCUACGUGGCCACACGGCUAAGGGAGGUGCACGACUUUUGGCAUACCAUAUUCGCCCUCCCCACCACCGUCUCUGGAGAACUAGCCCUCAAGCUCAUCGAGUUCACCCAAACUGGCCUCCCCAUGUGCCUCCUCGCCUCCCUAGGCGCACCUAUCCGCCUCUCCCCCGCCCGCCGCUCCCUCCUCCUCUCCUCCAUCUACCCCUGGGCGCUGGGCGCUGGUAUCAGAGCGGUGCCACUAGCGGGGAUCUACUAUGAGAGACGGUUUGGGGAGGACCUGAGUGAUUUGAGGCUGGAAGCGGUGCAACUACUGGGGAUCUACUAUGAGAGACGGUUUGGGGAGGACCUGAGUGAUUUGAGAUUGGAAGCGGUGCCACUACUGGGGAUCUACUAUGAGAGACGGUUUGGGGAGGACCUGAGUGAUUUGAGGCUGGAGUGGAAAAUCGCCCCUGUUCCACCGCGGUUCUUUGAAAGGAAAAGUGCUGCUGCGAGCUAG